AUGUUAUGGGGUUUAUCUGUUCUUACAACACUCUCAUUUGAAAAUGAGACGAUUGUUUUUUCACGUGGUGAAGCUGGAUAUUAUUGCAUUCGAAUUCCAUCUCUCUUGACUACAGUUCAAGGCACUUUAUUAGCAUUUGGCGAAGCAAGAAUGUUUGAUUGCCUUGAUAAUACUCAAAUAGAUAUUGUUUUCAAACGAAGUAUAGAUAAUGGAAAGACAUGGUCCAAUUUACAAAUCUUGUAUCGUGGUAAUGCUUCCGGUGAAAAUUUUAAUUGGGUAGGCAAUUUUGCACCAGUUCAAUUAAAAUACAAUCAACGAAUAUUAGUUCCAUUUUGUAAGAACAAUCGUAUCCUAAUGCAAGCCUAUUCCGAUGAUGAUGGUCUAACAUUUUCUCAACCACAAAUUAUCUUUAACGUAACAAAACCUAAUUGGAAAUGGGUUGCUCUAGGUCCACCGAGUGGUCUACUUUUACAGUCUAAUCGAAUAUUAAUUCCUGGUGAUUAUUCCACCCUGACAAAUAUUCGAACUGGUUCAUUUUCUACUGGUUUUGUUAUGCUCAAUGAUUUCGAUGGUCAAAUAGAUAAAUGGUAUUUGGGUGGAGAGUACAAGCUGGAUGAUUAUUUUCCAAAUGAAGGUCAAGCUGUAGAAUUAUUACCGCAGGGCAAUUCAAUAUUUGUUAAUGCUCGUUCGUAUAGUACGAAACGAAUUGGUGCGUAUAGUGAUGAUGGUGGAAUAACAUUUAAAAAAGUCGUUUUAUUGAAUACAUUGGUGCAACCAUUACAUGGAUGUGAAGGCUCAACAAUCUAUCAUCCAAAGAUGAAUCAGUUGUUUUAUUCUGGUUUAGCUGAAACAUCCAUAAUUCGUACAAAUCUCUCAUUACAUGUCAGCAUUGAUAAUGGUGAAAAUUGGUCCUAUAUCAAAUCGAUUUGUUCAGGUCCAUCUGGUUACUCAUCUUUGACAUUGAUGCAUGAUCAUUCCAUAGCUGUUUUAUAUGAAAAAGGUAGUACAGUUGGUGGACCUGAUUCUUUAAUAUUCACUAUAGUUUACAACCAAACUGAAAAGGACAUUGAUGCAUCAUUAUCGGUAAAUGUCGAUUACAACCUUGAAGCUUCGAAAUAG